AUGGAUCUCGGAACAAGGAAAAGUCUUUCGGUAGCCAGAGCGCAAAAGAAAAUAACCACAAACGAACGAUCAGUAGGUUUUGUGAGAGAAGGCACUAGGGCUACAAAAUCAAACGUCAAGCCUUACUCCAUCCUUAAAGCGGCGUCGGAUUGGACUAUAAUGAUGGACACGUAUGAAAAACAAUAUAAAAUCCCCGAGGAUAUUUGUGCGUCGGCCUCCAGACCGGAUAUAUUUUUGUUUUCGCGAAUUUUAAAGCGCGUAGUGAUGAUAGAGCUUACGGUCCCGUGGGAAGCCAACAUCCCCAAAGACCAUACCAUCAAGGUCAACAAAUAUUACGAGCUCACAAACGAACUCACUCGAAAUAGGUUCGUAGUAGAUUUGUACGCGGUAGAGGUGGGAGCGAGAGGUAUAACAGCGAAAUCUCUCUAUAACCUACUAAAGGACUUGGGCUUGUCCAGAACUCACAUUAAUGCAUUCUUGGAACGUACAUCGAAGGCAGCCCUAGUAGGUUCUUUUCAAAUUUGGUUAGGUAGGGAGAGGAGCUUGGACAGUGGAGGUGAGCGUAUAACGCGCGUUAGUUAA